UUGGAGGGUGUGCACAGUGUUAGAGACUAGUAUGCAGUGAAGAUGGAGAAAAGUGGUCAAAAUAUAUUUGAAGGCAGGGCCCUUAGGAUUUGUUGAUGGAUUGGCUGGGAGGGGACACAAGGGAAGAGGUAGAGGAUGGCUCCCAAACUCGUAGCUUUAGUAUCUAGUGGAUAAUGGUGCCAUUUCCUGAAGCAGGGUCCAGGGGAGACCACGUUUUUAGGGAAAAUCAAGAAUUUGGGCGUGACAAAUUUCAGAUGCCUAUGAGACAUCUAAGAGAAGCCAGGCCUGGAGCCCACAGAGGUCAGGGUGGGAGAAAUGAAUUUUGGUCUUCAGGAAACACGGCAGUGAGAGCUAUGUGACGGAUGAAAUCAAGGAAGGGGAGAAGGAAAAAUGGCCCAUUGACAGGUUAACAGAGGAGGAGACAGCCAAGGAGACUAAGGCAGCAACGGUGAGCUGGGAGGAAGGCCAGAAGGCGGAAACAGAGACCUUCAAAGAGAAGUCACCAACCGCGUGCAAUGCUGCUGGAGGCUCAGCAAAGAGGCCAGAAAAUACCUACUGGACUUGGUGACAAGGAGGUGAUGAGCAAUUCAGGCAAGAGUACCAUCAAUGACACGGCGGGAAGACACAGCAGUCUAGAGAGGGUGGGGAGUGAACAAUUUAGUUUUCGCAAAAUUCCAGCACAUUAAUUUGAAUUUGUCCUGUGAUUUUACACUUUGUAUUAUGAGCUGCAGAAUAGCCUUGGAUAUACACCGAGUUUUGUAGUCGCACCUACUGUACUUCAAUGAAUCUAAGACUGCAUUGUAUGUCCCACUAAGAAAAAUGCCAAAAUGGCGGAGGUGACAAGACCUCUCCUGGCCCCAGUGACGAUGGCAGCGUUUCAUGAGGUGGAGAUCAAGGACUUCCAAUAUGACGAGGACUCGGAGACGUACUUCUACCCCUGCCCGUGUGGGGAUUACUUCUGCAUCACCAAGGAAGAUAUGGAGCAUGGGGAAGAUGUGGCAACGCGCCCUGGCUGCUCUCUCAUUAUAAAAGUGGUUUAUGACAAAGAUCAGUUUACAUGUGGAGGGACGGUCCCGGCCCCUUCCCCCAACAAAGAACUAGUUAAAUGCUGGACUUAGGACUCCGGAGCCUAAACUUUGGGGAAUGAGCCAAGCUAGAAAAAUCAAAUGCAAAGUCACUGGCUUCUUCACGGGGACAAUCAUUUUGCAGUUUGCCG